CACACACACACACCAUGACUAAUAUCCGAGUGAGCUGCGAGCCUUGUCGCAAGCGCAAAAGCAGGUGCAGCAGGGACGAGCCGUGCUCCAACUGUGUUCUGAGAAACAUCGGUCACCUAUGCCUCUACGUGGGUGAUGGCCGUCACAUUAUCGCUGGCCUUGACAGGAGCUUUGCCGAUAACAGUGCGAGCAGCAGAAGCGCUAGUAGCAGUACCAGUAGCGUAGGCAGCAACCAGAGACUGAGCAGCAUUGUCAGCAGCGCACAAGGCGGUGGCGGCAAUGACUCCGCUGUGAUGAGGCCGACAGACUCAUCGCUCACUAGCUCAACAUGGGUGGAUGUUCGCUCACCACAUACCCGCCCUCUUCCUUGGGCGCAACCUCGGUCGCAAGCGCAGCCACCACCGCUGAUCGCGGACAUUUCCUGGGCGCAGCUCAGCGAUGUCUUGCCCCCGCCUCCACUCUGUCGAAGACUGUUGGCCUUCUUCCAGACUGUCGAGGUUCUCGAAGGAUUUGUCGACAUGGAUCAACUCGAGCAAGAGAUCGAGGCGAUGUGGUCGCAGGGAGUGUCCAUGCCGCCGGUGUGGGUGGCCAACUACUUUCUCAUUCUGUCCCUUGCUGCUGCCGAGGUGCCCAGCCGGCACGAUCUCAGAGACACGUAUCUCGACCUAGCCAAGAGCCGACAACUGUGGCUCGACUACGCUCUCAGCCUCCGCGCUUCCUCGAGGCGGAGGGGCACAGCGACGAUUGAGGAGAUCCGUUUCGAAGCGCUGCACGCAAUCUCCUGUGCCGCUGAUGAGGAUUUAGAGGAAUGCUGGGAGGCCACGGGCAGAGCGCUGCGCAAGGGAGCGGCCGUGGACUUGUUCCGCCCUGCGUGCGCCCCAGAGUCUCAAUUUUCCGAUCCACGGUGUCAGUUGCUCGCCUGGAAGAUCCUCCAUAUGGAUCGGUGGAUGGCGCUCAACCAAAUGCGUCCCUUGGGAGUCCCGCCUGCCGCCGUCCGUCUCACCUUUCCCAGCCCCUCGACUCCCAUGAUGCUCCAGCUGCAUACACUCGAUGCUUGCCACACCUACCUGCAUCGCUUCGAUCUCUUUUCGAACCAGGAACGAUAUGCAGAGGGCGAAGCGCUGCUCGCUGUGCUUUCAGAGCAAGCACGCCAGUCGCUGGCAGCGAUAGGCGCAAACCCGGCCCUGUCGGAGGGGUUCGAGCACGGCAGCGGCUACAGCCACUUGGAGCCACGCCGGCUGCUGCGCAUCAUCUCCAUCGCCACGGGCUUCCUCUACAUGCGCUGCAUCGUCGGUAUGCGCUUCCUUCGCGAUACCUCGGCGAGCUUUACUCUGCGCAACGCCAGCCUCGUGGCUGCCGAAGCCUUUCUCACGGUCGUACCUCCCUUGCGGCAGCUCGUCGAGGAUGGCAGGGAGGCCGUCUCCCUUGCCAAGACGACCAACCAACUCUUCAGCGCCGCACGCGUCUUUACCAUUGCCACCCUCGGCCGUGACCUCAACGAGAGUGGGCUGGGAACGACGACGACAGCGAGGCCGUGGGCGGAGGCUUACUCUCCGCGUAGACUCACCAACAAUCUCAUGGAGAUCAUCUCGCUCCUCUCGCUGAUGCAGGAGCGCGGCAGCAUGCGCGCCGCCAAUAUGAAGGUCCUCCUCUACGACGUCUGCCUCUCCGACGGCGACCUCUCCAACGAGGCGCUUCUCGAGACUAUCCUAGCGCAGCCCCCCGACGCUCAAUUCCUUUCGACAAAUUUCACGGAGCCCUACUCGCUUGGCGAGGCUCUCCAAGCCGGCGUUGAUUGGCAGGCAUCGUAAAUCGAUGAACACGCCUGAGUCACAUGCGACGGCGUCAUCCAGGUUGAUAUAGCUGCUCUCCUCCUCGGGGCGCAUUCAAGAUGGUAAGGUAUCAAGAAACGUUGUCCAGUGCGGACAGUGUAUAUUAAGUCGUGUAACACCACCAAGGCGUCGAGGACCCGCAGAUGCUGUCUCUUCCGCCUCUUUUGUACAAGACGUUGUAUUCUCCAGGUAAUGAUGGAU